CGCCAGCACGGGGGCACCGGCCCCGGCGGCCUCUGUGCCCGGCGGCAGGUGCGCUGCAACUUCCCAGCGGUGCCCCUGCCUGAAGGGGAAGAUGAAACAGGGGGAUGGCAGCGCGGGCCCCCGCGUUGUCGCGGCCUGAGCGUGAAGGGCGAGGCUGUGUCACUCCGGGGCACCUCUGGGUGCGGAGCGCCAAGGCGGCUCCGUGCGCCUGCAUAAACCCACCAAAACCCCAACCUCGCGUAAAAAUAGAAACUUAGCCCGUGUUUUGUUAAGUUUCUGGUAUCCGAGGCGCAGUACGAGUGGCGUCUGAGGAAGGUGACGCAUUCCAAGUGCCAGAGAUUUAGCUAACCAUGGUCCUCACAAGUGUUGGAAAGAUGGUUGGUCUCCAGAAGAAGACUUCUGGAAUCAGGAAUAUCUGUAUAUUGGCCCAUGUGGAUCAUGGCAAAACUACUCUGGCUGACUGUCUAAUAUCUAGCAAUGGAAUAAUCUCCAGCCGCUUGGCAGGAAAGCUGAGGUACCUUGACAGUAGAGAAGAUGAACAGAUCCGAGGAAUAACAAUGAAAUCUAGUGCGAUUUCAUUACACUUUGUGAAAGGUGAUCAGGAGUAUCUGAUUAAUUUAAUAGACUCCCCAGGGCACGUGGAUUUUUCUUCAGAAGUAUCUACUGCUGUCCGACUCUGUGAUGGUUGCAUCAUAGUGGUGGAUGCUGUUGAAGGAGUCUGUCCACAGACUCAAGCAGUUCUACGGCAAGCGUGGCUAGAAAAUAUACGCCCAGUAUUGGUGAUCAAUAAAAUCGAUCGCUUGAUUGUGGAGCUGAAGCUCACCCCUCAGGAAGCAUAUUUGCACCUUAAGAAUAUCUUAGAGCAGAUCAAUGCAGUCACUGGAGCACUCUUUACCUCUAAAGUCUUAGAAGAAAGAGCUGAGAAAGAAACAGAAAGUGAAACUAUUUCAGAUGCUGCACCGAGAGAUCAAAUUUAUGACUGGAGUACUGGAUUGGAAGAUACUGAUGAUUCACAUCUUUAUUUUUCACCAGACCAUGGAAAUGUGGUUUUUGCCAGUGCAGUUGAUGGCUGGGGUUUUGGCAUUGAGCAUUUUGCAAAGCUAUAUAGUCAAAAGAUUGGAAUCAAGCCUGCUGUACUUUUGAAGACUUUAUGGGGAGAUUAUUAUCUAAAUACAAAAGCAAAGAAGAUAAUGAAAGGUGAUCAGUCAAAAGGAAAGAAACCUUUGUUUGUGCAGUUGGUGCUGGACAACAUAUGGAGUCUAUACGAAGCUGUUAUGAAAAGAGACAAAGAAAAAAUUGAAAAGAUAGUCACCUCUUUGGGACUGAAGAUUGGUGCACGGGAGUCGCGGCAUGCAGACCCUAAAGUUCACCUUAAUGCCAUUUGUAGCCAGUGGUUACCAAUAUCUGAUGCAGUCCUCUCUAUGGUGUGUAAUAAACUUCCCAGUCCUCUUGACAUCACUGCAGAGAGGGUGGAAAAGCUCAUGUGUGUUGGAGCUAGAACGUUUGAUUCUUUGCCAUCAGAAACUCAGGAGCUGAAAAGUGCUUUUAUGAAAUGCAGCAGUGAAGAAACAGCUCCAGUUAUUGUCUUUGUUUCCAAAAUGUUUGCUGUUGAUGCAAAGGCAUUACCACAGAAUAAACCAAGGCCUUUAACUCAAGAAGAAAUAGCUCAUCGGCGUGAGCUUGCAAAACGAAGGCAUGCAGAGAAGUUGGCAGCAAAUCAAGGAAAGGAGCUGUCAGAAAAGCCCCCAAGUGAAAAUUCAUCUGAAGCAACUGGAAAUGCUGGUGAUACAAAAGGUAAAGAGCAACAGCUCACUGGUCAAGCAGAGAUCACGACCUCAAAGGAAACGAAACAGGAAGCGGAUAACAAGGAAUCUUUCAUUGCUUUUGCCAGAGUGUUCAGUGGUGUAGUGAAAAGAGGGCAAAAGAUCUUUGUUUUAGGACCAAAAUACGAUCCUGCGGAGUCUUUGCAUAAGCUCUCAUCCCAGUGUUCUGCAACAAAUGAUCCACCACUAGUACCUCAUAUGACUUGCUGUACUUUGGUGAAUCUCUACUUGCUUAUGGGAAGAGAACUUGAAGAUCUUGAAGAAGUACCUGCAGGAAAUGUUCUAGGAAUAGGAGGCCUACAGGAUUUUGUCCUCAAGUCUGCCACACUGUCAACGUCACCAGCUUGUCCACCAUUUACACCUCUCAGCUUUGAAGCUACACCAAUUGUGCGGGUAGCUGUUGAACCAAAACAUCCAAGUGAUAUGCCUCAGCUGGUCAGAGGAAUGAAGCUUUUAAAUCAAGCUGAUCCAUGUGUCCAAGUUUUAAUCCAGGAGACAGGAGAGCAUGUGCUAGUGACAGCAGGAGAAGUUCAUCUUCAGCGCUGCUUGGAUGACCUGAAAGAAAGGUUUGCCAAGGUACAGAUUAGUGUAUCAGCACCUAUUAUACCAUUCCGAGAGACGAUAACAAGACCUCCAAAAGUCGAUAUGGUGAAUGAAGAAAUAGGAAAACAGCAGAAAGUUGCUGUCAUACACCAAACAAAAGAGGACCAAACCAAAAUUCCUGAAGGAGUUCAGGUCGAUUCCGAUGGGCUCGUUACAAUAUCGACUCCAAAUAAACAGGCUACUCUCAGCGUAAGAGCAGUGCCGCUUCCCGAGGAGGUAACUCGCCUUCUUGAAGAAAACAGUGACUUAAUUCGAACUAUGGAGCAACUCAACACAUCCCUGAAUGAAGAUAAAAAAACUCAUGAGAUAAAUCAGAAGACUCUGGAUAGGAUAAAGGAAUUCAAACAGAAGUUGGAGCAACAUUUGCAGGGAAGAAAGUGGAGAAAUGCUGUUGAUCAGAUCUGGUCAUUUGGACCACGGAAGUGUGGGCCUAAUAUUUUGUUAUACAAUUUUGAGGGCUAUAAAAGGUCCGUGUGGCAGUGCCUUGGGAACACUGUGAAAGAAGUAAGUAACUACAGAGACUUUGACAACAGUAUAGUAAGUGGAUUUCAGCUGGCUACGCUUUCAGGUCCCAUGUGUGAGGAACCUCUCAUGGGUGUUUGUUUUACAGUGGAAAAAUGGGAAAUAAAUAAAGGUGGAGAGACACUGUCAACUAGUAGUCAGCAUGUGGGGGAAUGUGAUACCGUGGAACAUAAACAAAAUGAAGAUACUCCUCUAACGAGCAGUUGCACUGAUGCAAUUUGCAGUGUGAAUGAACACCAGGACAGCAGUCAAAGAGUUUCAAAGUCACCUGAGAAAGUUAGUAAACAUAAGGGAGAAAUUUCACUUGCAGAUUGUUAUGGUCCCUUCUCUGGACAACUGAUUGCCACCAUGAAGGAAGCUUGUCGUUACGCUUUGCAAGCAAAACCACAGAGGCUUAUGGCAGCAAUGUACACGUGUGAAAUUAUGGCUACUGCGGAAGUUUUAGGUCGGGUGUAUGCUGUCUUGUCAAAAAGAGAAGGCAGAGUGUUACAAGAGGAGAUGAAAGAGGGGACGGAUGUGUUUAUUAUUAAGGCAGUCCUGCCAGUAGCAGAAAGCUUCGGUUUUGCUGAUGAAAUCAGGAAGAGAACUAGUGGCCUGGCCAGUCCACAGCUGGUGUUCAGCCACUGGGAGAUCAUAUCAAGUGACCCAUUCUGGGUACCAACCACUGAAGAAGAAUAUUUGCACUUUGGGGAAAAGGCAGACUCAGAGAACCAGGCCCGCAAGUACAUGAAUGCAGUAAGAAAGCGAAAGGGACUGUAUGUAGAAGAAAAAAUUGUGGAGCAUGCUGAAAAGCAAAGAACUCUCAGCAGAAAUAAGUAGCUGUGUCUGCUUCCUUUCUCUGCCGACUCAGCAAAGUGCGAGUGGAUUAUUUUCUAUGCAGCAGAUUCAAAAUUUGGACUCUGUUCUUUGACACCGCUUUUCUUACAUGCUAUAAUGUCUGUGGCUUAUGUUGUAAUAAACUGAAGCCUUCCCAACUUUUCUACAGAGAAAAUAGUUUAUUUAAAUAGUUUAUGUAAGCAUAUUCACUGCAAUUGGUCUCCAUUUUAAAAAUUACUGCCCUGUUGAACUUUCUGUCACAGGAUUAGGAAAUCCUAAUUUAAUUUGUUUCUUUCUGAUUUAUCAGAUGAAAUUACAGUUGGACCUGUUU